GCAGGGCCCGCCCUCCCGGCCGAGCCUGAGGGAGGCGGCGCCGGCGGAGUCUGAGGAGGUCUAGGGCGCCCGGUGACCGAGGGGGCUGCAGCGCCGCGGCGGGGGUGUCGGCGGCCCUGUGAGUGAACAGACGCCGAGGCCGCGGCCGAGGGGUUUGUGAAUCAGCACCCGACAAUCAGCAUCGCAGUGAUAAUCGACAAAUGGGUUGUGAGCAUGUUGUUGAUGGCCUUUUUGAGGAAGCUCAGAAGGUUGGAGCCAAGCGCUUGUCCCCCACAGAACAGAACAAACAGGUAGACGUAAGUAUAAAGUUAUGGAAAAAUGGAUUUACAGUCAAUGACGACUUCAGAAGUUACUCUGAUGGUGCAAGUCAGCAGUUUCUGAACUCCAUCAAAAAGGGGGAAUUACCUUCAGAAUUACAGAGAGUUUUUGAUAAAGAAGAAGUGGAUGUUAAGGUUGAAGAUAAGAAAAAUGAAGUGUGCUUGUCCACGAAGCCUGUGUUCCGGCCUUUCUCAGGACAGGGCCACCGGCUGGGAAGUGCUACACCAAAAAUUGUUUCUAAAACAAAGACUCUUGAAGUCAAAAAUAAAAAUGUUGUGUCUGCUGUCCCACUGAACCACUUGGAACCCAUCACUAAUGUACAGAUUUGGCUGGCCAGUGGGAAGAGGAUUGUCCAGAGAUUUAACGUCUCUCAUAGGGUAAGCCACAUCAAGGACUUCAUCGAGAAAUACCAAGGCUCUCAAAGAGGUCCUCCCUUCUCCCUGGCCACGGCCCUUCCCUCCCUCCGAUUGCUGGACGAGGCGCUGACGCUGUCCGAAGCUCAUCUGCAGAAUGCUGUUGUCAUUCAGAGACUCCAGAAAACGGUUGAGCCUUUUGGAGGACUUCCGUAGCGUUGGUUUCUGAUAGGCGAAGUGGAACACUUGCCGUAAGUGGGCACACAAACCAAAGUGGAGAGAAAGGCCAGAUUGCCUGGACUUUUGGUUGGAGCACCAUUUGACUCUUCUGAUGAGAAGAUGUUUGAAUCAGUGCACGCUAGGAAAGUAACAUAAGACUAGAAGCUGUAUUUGUUUGCUUUUCCA